AUGGAUCCCCAUGCAGCCCUUGAGCUGCUGGAAUACUUACGCACCUUUUACCCAAUCUUCCUUCUUAUUCUCUUUGUUGUGGCCUUCGUGGCCAAUACUACCAUCGCUGCCAGGAAAGCCAGCAAGCAUGAAUCUCAAAAUUUCGGACCCGGAGGGCGACCACUCCCUCAGCGAACUCGAAGAGUGCCCGCCUACCAAUCCCAGUUCUCGCGGAACGUCAAACGAGUUUUCAAUUUGCUCUCCGUGGCCAUUCUCCUGACCUUUCUUGCGGAUGCAACUAUCUACAUCAUACAUGUAAUGGCAGCAAGGUCAGAGAACUGGUGGCGUGGACAGUCUUUUGUGAUUUAUGUCGUCGGCUCAUUCUUCGUUUACGCAGUGCUGCUCAUGGCAAUGCUAGACACAUCUCCCUCGCCUACUCUCGCCCAAUUCGUCUGUUGGUCGGUCGCCAUCCCCAUUGAAUUGGUUAUCGUUAGCACCUCCCUCUCAAUCUAUACGUCGGUUCACCACGAGCCAGUGGUUGGAGACCCAGAAGGGGGUCGGGUCCGCAGAAGCAUUACGUUUUGGGAAUCCCUGGAGGUAGGAUCGAACUGUGUACGCAUCCUUCUUUUGUUUGCACUGGUUCUUCUCUACGCCUGUCAAUCGUUCAGCAUGAAGAGCCACGGGAAGACAAGCCAACGGAGGAAUGAAGCGACAGAAACCACGGGACUUUUGGAUUCCGCUGGCGCAGAAAAUGGCAAUGGAAAUGAACAUGGGAACGGAACUACCAAUUGUCAUUCGUAUGGCUCGACAAACGGAGCUCCUCUCCCCGAAACUUCAAAACCCACCGAUCCAUGGGUGCGUCCGACGACCAUUCCUUCCACUAGCUGGUGGGAGUACUUGAGCGGGUACUCGCUAUUUUUUCCAUACCUGUGGCCUUCCAAAUCCCGCCGCCUGCAACUAGUGGUCACAUUCUGUUUUGGGCUUCUCAUUUGCCAACGAGCCGUGAACGUCUUAGUACCUUACCAAAUAGGAGUCAUCACAGGUGCUCUUACCAAAGAUGACGGCGAGGACUUCCAAGUGCCAUGGCUUCAAAUUUGCCUAUAUGUGGUGUACCGAUGGUUACAGGGCAGUCAGGGAUUGCUCAGUUCUCUGCGCUCUAGCCUCUGGAUUCCUGUGAGCCAGUAUUCUUACAUGGAGCUCUCUACCGCCGCUUUUGAACACGUCCAUGGUCUGAGUUUAGACUUCCAUCUCGGAAAAAAGACCGGCGAAGUCCUGUCCGCUCUGAGCAAGGGCAGCUCAAUCAAUACUUUCCUUGAGCAGGUCACCUUUCAGGUGGUGCCAAUGCUUGUCGAUCUUGUGAUUGCGGUUGUGUUCUUUCUGGUUGCGUUCGAUGUCUACUAUGCUCUAGCCGUCGGGAUCUCCACCUUUGGUUAUCUCUAUGUCACCAUUCGCAUGGCCCAGUGGAGAGCAGAGAUCAGAAGACAGAUGGUCAAUGCCUCGCGACAAGAAGAUGCCGUAAAGAAUGACUCCAUGGUCUCAUAUGAGACCGUGAAAUAUUUCAACGCCGAACAGUACGAAUUCAACCGGUACCGGGGCGCCGUGUGUGACUUCCAGAAGGCUGAAUAUCACGUGUUGUUCUCUCUAACACUGCUGAACACCUGUCAAAACACCGUGUUUAUGAUGGGCUUAUUGGUAAUGUGCUUUAUUUGUGCAUACCAAGUUGCUACUGGUCAGCGCCCUGUGGGAAAGUUCGUGUCUCUACUAGCCUACAUGGUCCAACUCCAGGGUCCGCUCAAUUUCUUUGGCACCUUUUAUCGAUCUAUCCAAUCCGCAUUAAUCAAUGCCGAACGCCUGCUAGAAUUGUUUCGUGAGCAGCCAACUGUGGUGGAUAGCCUUCAUGCGACUCCGUUGAUUAAGUGCAAUGGUGACAUCAAGUUCGAGGAUGUGGAGUUUGCUUACGAUGCGCGCAAGCCCGCGUUGAACGGCCUUACCUUCCACUGCCAGCCCGGAACUACCACUGCCUUGGUUGGUGAGUCUGGCGGAGGUAAGUCCACUAUCUUCCGCCUCUUGUUCAGGUUUUACAACUCCGAGAACGGGCGGAUCUGCAUCGACGGGCAUGAUGUACAGGAUAUCACAAUCGAUUCACUCCGCCAGCACAUUGGCGUGGUGCCUCAGGAUACUGUACUUUUCAACGAGACUUUGAUGUACAACUUGAAAUACGCCAACCAGGACGCUUCCGAUGAAGAUGUUUACGAAGCUUGCCGCGCCGCCAGCAUUCACGACAAGAUUCUUGCUUUCCCCGAUGGCUACAACACCAAGGUCGGAGAACGUGGCUUACGGCUUAGCGGAGGCGAGAAGCAACGCGUAGCUAUCGCUCGUACCAUCAUUAAGAACCCGCGCAUUAUCCUUUUAGAUGAGGCAACCGCGGCUCUAGACACCGAUACCGAGGAGCAUAUCCAAAGGGCGCUCUCUACUCUUUCACAGGGUCGCACCAUGCUGGUCAUCGCUCAUCGUCUCAGCACCAUCACUACCGCAGAUCGCAUCUUGGUCUUGUCAGAGGGCCAAGUGGCCGAAAGCGGCACGCAUGAAGAGCUUCUGGCUAUGAAGGGUCGCUAUGCCAGCAUGUGGCGUAAGCAGAUACGCGCUCAAAAGGCUGCAGCAGAAGCUCAGGUACUUCAAGAUCGGGCCGAGCGAAUCCGCACUGCAACCACCAGCGACGACAGCUCCAGUCAAUCAGAUGAAGACCACAAGGUUGUCGGUCGCCGAAACAACUAA